GUAUCAUUCGCGCGUUGCGCACGAUGGAGUACCCGGGGUUGGACCACGUCUCAGGAUCGGCAGCAUCAGGUCGGAGUUUGGUCGCGCAGCCUCAUGAGCUCGCCAAGAUCGUCGGUUGGAUAGAGGACAGAAAGGUCCGAGGCCUCGCCAUCUCCGACCGUGAGCCCCUGCGCACCCCCGGGCCAAAAUGGGAAGAGGUGUUAUUUAGCUACUUGCAGGAGAUGGGCUGCCCCAACGAUUUCAAGGCAACCGGGGGAGGCGGAGGGGAACCAAGUAGUGCCGCCGUCCUGCGGGGAGUAUCGUGGUUGGUUACCGAGGCCGUGGCCUGUGAUUUCGACGACAACGGGAAGGAAUACAAGGCUGCUGCUAGAGAGUUGUUGGCAAACCCGAGGUGUUCUCCACAAGCCGUGGGAGGGGCAAGAGGCGGCAGCAGCAGCGACCAUGGCUCGGUGCAGCCAGAACCGGCGCAGCCUACCAUCAGUACUGCCGGCGUUGCCAUGGACAUCGGUCCUGGAGGGGAACACCGAAUAUUCCGCGAGCAGCUCAGGGGGUUCACGGCUGGGGUAGAGACUGGGGACGAGGCUUGCGACAGCGUGGCGACGGUGCUUCGGAUGCUCUACUUGUCGGACUUGAGGAACCUGCAGGACGAGGUCAACGGUGUCAUAGCCUUGGCGCAAUCCACUAGACGAGAACAGAAAACAGCAGUGUGA